GGGGCGGUUCUUUUAGCGAGUAGGCAGCUACUUGGGUUUUUUUUACCUGCCACAAUUUUUUUUUCUUGUUGCGUUUUAUAAAAUCCCAUAUGUGUUGAAGCCGUACAGUCGGUGUGACACCUGUGGAUACACGUACCACGUUGCCAAUUUUUUGUUUACUACAUCGAAGAACGAUGAAGCUGUUUGGCGGCGUCGAAGGGGGAGCCACUUUGUCAAAAGCAGUUGUAGUAGAUGAAAGCGGCCGAAUCCUGGGAUGGUCAGAAGGUCACCCUGUAAACCACUGGCUUGUUGGAAUGAAAGAAUGCCAAAGACGUGUCUAUGAACUUGUUCUGGCUGCCAAGGAAAAUGCUGGUCUUGGUCCCGAAGUUUGCCUCGCAUCACUAAGUCUUUGUCUCAGUGGCUGUGAGCAAGAGACAACAAAUAAUGAUCUAAAAGAACUUAUCCUGAAGGAGCACCCUGACAUUGCAUCAUCAGUUGUGGUACAAAGCGAUGUCAUUGGAGCACUCAAGACAGUUUCACCAAAUGGAGGUGUUGUCCUGAUAGCCGGUACAGGAUCCAACUGUUUGCUUGUCAAUCCUAAUGAUUCAAUGCAUCGCUGUGGAGGCUGGGGACAUAUUCUUGGAGAUGAAGGUUCUGGUUUCACUAUCUCGGUACAAGCCAUCAAAAUGGUCCUGCAUGAAGAUGAAAAUUUUCGGGCUCCUCAGUGGAGUUGCCAAAAGAUUCGUGAACUCGUAAAGGAGCACUUUCAGGUUAAGGAAAUGCUGGAGCUUCUGCCUUUCUGUUAUACCAACUUCAAGAAACAGUUCAUUGCGGCAAUGUGUGUGAAGGUGGCAAAGUUGGCCAGGGAAGGAGACAAGCUAAGCCAGCAUCUGUUUCAAAUGGCAGGAAAAGACCUGGCAGACCAUGUUGCAGCAGUCUUGCCUCAUGCAGAAAAGAGCCUUUUAGAAGGUGAAGGUGGCCUUCCCAUAGUCUGUGUGGGAUCAAUUUUCAAAAGCUGGGACCUCUUGCAGAAAGGUAAGCUGUAACCUAGCGAGAGUUAGCUUUUACUUACUGAG